UCAAGCUCAGCACCCAACAUCACCAGUGUCAUAGCUCAGCCUUCCAAGAUGGAGCUAACCAUAACUCUGGUACCCACUGCAAAAGCUGGCCAUUCUCCAUCCCUGAAGAAGACUACAGAUCUACAUCCAGGCCAGGUUCAGACUCAGCACUCAACCCUAACUGAAGUCACAGAUCAACCCCUGAAUGCGGCUGCCACCAUAAAUGUCUGUGAGCUCUGCACCUGCAAAGAUGAGACACUUUCAUGCACUGGCCUCAGCCCAGUGCAGAAGCUUCACAGAGUUCCUGUACCAGAGCCCAACAGCUACAAUGGCACCUUCAGCAUAUUAAAUUUCCAAGGAAACUCGAUUUCUUUCAUUGAUGAAAAUGUAUGGAAAGCAUACCGCUGGGCUGAGACACUAAUCCUCAGUGAAAAUGACUUGACUGAAUUACAUAAGGACUCAUUUGAAGGCCUGCUGUCCCUCCAACACUUAGAUUUAUCCUGCAAUAAAAUAGAGUUUAUCGAAAGACGUGCAUUUGAGUCACUCCCUUUUUUGCAGUCUAUAAAUCUUGGUUGCAAUUUACUGACAGAACUGAGCUUUGGGACAUUUCAGGCGUGGCAUGGAAUGCAGUUUUUGCACAAUGUGUAA